UUAACCAUGACGACGCGCGUGCUUCUCUUGUCCCUCCCACGUCGUCGUUUUAAUCCUCUCUGUGCUCUUCGUACCUUCACUCUCUCAGCUUCCCCUCCGUCUCCACAAGUUUCCGAAUUUUCCGGCGGAAAAGCAAUGUCCGUGAACGACGGCCUCGAUCCUCGGUUCCUAUACCAUGUUGAAGACGAAUCUCUGAGAUUCCGCGUCGGAGAGUCCGGUCCCAAGAGCAGGGAGCUCGAUCAUCGUCGUUUCGAAAGUUCCGGAUUCCGGCAAGGCUUCUGCGGAAACGAGAAGGAUGAGAUGAGAUACUCCAAUGGAGAUGAUGAAGAUGAGGACGUCGUUUGUAUUCGAAGAGGCAGCUCUCUAGAUCAGCCUGGUAUUGAUUCUUGUAGCUCUGUACCUGCAGAAACCAACAGAGAAAGUAAAGAUCUAGGUUCAGCUGGUUGGGAACUAGUUGCGAGAGAAGAGGACGAGGAAGAGGAAGAAGAUAAAGCAUCUCUGGAUCGCCGUAAGGUGGUGAUGAGUAAUGAUAGUUCCAGCCAAUGUAACGCGCAGGCAAAGCGAGAUUUUGCUUCUGUGGAGAAGGAGAGAGGCACUAGUGUCAGCUCUUGGGAGUCUCUCAAGUCCAUCCUCUCUGAUCCUGUCACCGGAGCGUUGAUGAGUGAUGCUACAAUACUGCCUUGUGGACAUUCUUUCGGAGCUGGAGGCUUACAAGAAGUUAAAAGAAUGAAAGCAUGUUUCACUUGUUCCCAGCCUACUUCAGAAGGGUCAGAAAAGCCAAAUCUUUCUCUCAGAAUUGUAGUUCAUGCUUUCCGCCAAGAAGAAGAGUCGGAUCAUGUUCACUCGUUGAAGCGAAGGAAAGAAAGGUCGGAUCAGCACAAGAGAACUUUCUGUGUUCCAAACAUCACAGAUACUCCUAAGAGUAGUAGUAGUAGAGGCAUUCAGUGUCCUUUCUCCAUUGGAGAUCGAAUCAUCAUAGAGGGAAACAAAAGGACACCUCCACGGUUUGUGGGACGCAAGGCUGUGAUAAUGACACAUUGCUUAAAUGGAUGGUAUGUUGUGAAGACAGUGGACAAUGCAGAGUCUAUUAAGUUGCAACAUUGCUCACUUGCCAAGAUUGCAGACAACUCACCUUCUGAGGUAACAGUGGCCGAAAUGGCGCCGCCUUGGCUGUCUAGUUCAUAGCAAACCAGAAUAUGUAAUUCUUCUUAAUGUUUCAUUAUGAAGUAAAGCAACGAGACAACAAAUCUCUUUAUUAAGUCGUGUGUUUUUUAUUCAAAGGAAACUUUGCUCUCUU